AUGCGACGGGGUACAACCAGUCGCCAGGGGAGACUGUUGUCCAGCCGCCGCCUAAACGAACCAAAAGAGGACAUUACGCACCAAGAGCCUGAUCACAGUGACCAAUGUCAAAGACGGAAAAUCAAGGGUUCAUCUGGGCUAAUAUCCACGAAGUGCGACGGCAAAGUCCCAUGUCAAACUUGUGUAACCAAGGGGCGUGAUUGUCAAAGACAUGGAACUGACAUGCGAGGACGAUGGCGAGGAAGCGGUGUUACAUCUGUGUCUAGAAAUGAUAUCGCUUCUCGGUUGACGCGACUGGAGAGAGAGCUCACCUCGAUGAGAACCCCAGAAUCACAUGGCAUGAAAGCGCCUGGAAAGAACCACGGUGAUGCUGGCCGUCUACACAGACAAGAAGACGUUCUAAGCUUCAUAGAAGGAGAUGAAAUGGCUUUUUCCAACCGAAGUCCGUCGCCCGAUGUGCAGGCGUUCUCAGGUGAGACGUCUAUCGCCCACAAUCUGACGGUGGUCGAAGGACGACUGGAGCAAAUGGGCGUUCAAUACUCCCGCGAGAGAUCAACAUCGCCAAAUGGUCAAUAUAGAUCCAAUCUGACCCCAUCUCCUGAGUCUUCACUUCAGCAUUUUCAGGAGCAAGGAACAAGCCUUACACAGAGGGUCUUACGCAGGCACGGUAUAAUUCCUGAUCGGGGCCAGUGGGAAGCUAUUAUGCAUACCUUCUGCGAUGAGGUUCAUGUCCUUGUCCCAUUUCUUCAUCUCCCAGUCGUGUGGAGCCUCUACGAAAAAACCUGGGCCAUCUCCUUCGGCCAAAACUCAAGCCGCAGCAGCCAUAAUGAAGUCCAGCGGUUCGAGGCAGCGCAUAUCCUAUUGUGUCUCGCCAAUGGUAAAUGUGUGGAAUCUUCGCGAUUUGAAGGAGACCAAGGCCCGUAUUCAGCAGGCUGGAGCUUUUAUAGUGCUGCGCGCGACGCUUUCGGCGAUCUCCUUGAUGGUUUCAGUCAAUGCACAGACCAGAUAUUUCUUCUCCAAACAGUUAUUUUGAUGGUCAUUUACCUUUUUCGCCUCGAUGCCCACGGACCUGCCGAAAAGGUUUUGGCUCUAUCAAUAUCCCACGCGCAUCAUCUAGGAAUUCAAAGGGAAAGGAUGGUUGAUGCCAUGACGCCAUUCGAAGGGGAAAUGACUCGUAGGCUUUGGUGGUGCAUUUACUUGCUAGAUCGACGACUAGCUAUCGAGACCGGUCGACCAUUCCUGAUUCAAGAUGUCAAUAUUGAUGUGGGACUUCCUCACAAUAUUAGCGACGAAAGGCUGGAAAAAUACCGAACAGCCCUUACGCUGGCAGCAUCAGACGAAGAAGUGAUUGAAGGACCAACUAUGGUUCCGUACCUGAUAGCAAUGGUUAGCUACUCUAGAGUUAUUGGCAAGGUGUGGGAGGCACUUUACGGAGCUGCUACAUCUGACAAGACUCCGACCACGUUGCUGAAUGAGUACCUGGAGCAUCUCGUCUUGCAGUCUCAGAAGUGCAUUUCGCAAGAAUUUUCUUACGACCCACUCAGCCCAAGUAACUAUAACUCAAAGGCACUGGCGUGGUGGCAAGUCAAGCAACAAUUCAUGAUGCGCAUCAGAUGGUCCUCAAUCCACCUUUUGAUUAGAAAACCAAUGCUUCAAAGGUUGUUGCCUAUUGAUGAGCCUGAACUUAUUCAAAAUGAAGUUACAUGCAUGCGUUUAGCCCAGCGCAUCAUCGACGAUUUCAAAAAGGUGCCCGAAGAACAUCCGAAAUAUACAUUUCCAUUCCUACAUUACUUGACUAGCGCUACUAUUAUCGCGCUAGGUCUUAUAAUCAAACAACCGUCGUUCAAAGGAGCAUAUGGAGAUCUUACCUUGGAGGCCACAGUUUCACUCAGAGAGCACUGUCGCAGAACAUGGAUGUCUGGGAAAAUGAUACGGACCGUUGGUAAACUAAAGCAAAUGGCGGAUGCCAUCUUGUCUCCCGAUCAUCAAUCCUCCGAUAAUCCCAGGGCGUUGGACGUAUUGCCGACAUCUUCGUCUUUAAAUGACAGCUACCGAAAUCAUGCAGCCAACGAAUUCGGACGACAAAAGGUUUCAGCUUCAACCAGUUAG